AGCAACUACACACAUACAGACACACAACAAUCAAAUUUCAACCAGUCUUCGACCAAUCGAGAAGAUGGCCUCCUCCUCCAGGAUGCUCACGGUGGUGGUGCUGGCGGCGCUGGUCGCCGGUGCGAUGUGCGCCGUGAGGGUGAAGUUGACGGUGGAGAAGGGGUCCGACAAAAAGAAGCUGGCGCUCAAGAUCGACUACACAAGGCCAGGCGACAGCCUGUCAGAGGUGGAGCUCCGGCAGCACGGCUCAGAGGAGUGGCAGCCGUUGACCAAGAAGGGCGACGUGUGGGAGGUCUCGUGCUCCAAGCCACUGGUUGGCCCCUUCAACUUCCGCUUCUUGUCCAAGAAUGGCAUGAAGAACGUCUUCGACGAGGUCUUCUCCACCGAUUUCAAGAUCGGCAAAACCUACCAACCAGAAUAUUGAUCGAUACCGUCCAAGUUUCAGUUGGUCAAGAUCGUCGUAAUUAAUUAAUCCCCAUGUACGAGUCGCAUUAGAAAUAUGCGCCUGCAUGAGUGGAUAUAGUGAAUAUUAUUUUAUGCACAUACAUGCAUAUGGUAGGAGAAGCAACGACGGACAUGUUUGCUCUCCCAUGCAUGCAUCAACUGUCUUUUUUUGUUUUUGGAUUAUCUUUUGGAUUAGUUUGAAUUGCUUACCACAUAUAUCAUGUGGUACAUGCAUCAACUGUCGAUGCAGCAGUUUUUUUUUUGUGUAACCGAAUAUGCUCGAGAUUUUGAGAUAUUUGAAUAUAUAGUUUUCCAUUCACCUUGAACUUUGAUA